AUGGCUGAAGAAUCACCGAUGAUGAUGGACAGCAGUUCAGUGAUGAUGGUCGCCCACCAAGAGGGAGAAGAAAUCAAAGUCGAUGCCGAAUUUGGUGAAUUCGAUGACUGUUCCAGCGGUAGCGACAGGUCGUUCGAUGAUGUCGACAGUAACGGUCGGUGUGAGACCGGGACUAAUGCUAAUCAGGGGAUUAAUGAACACGCCAGGAGUCGCAGAAGACGCCGCCAUGGUAGCAGACGCCACAAAGGAGGUAGCCGACACAAGCAUAAGGGAUACCAACCUUACCCUUCCAAGGAGGAGAUCGAAGGCCAGCUGAAGAGGAAAUCUUUAGAGCUGCAGGAGAAAGAGAAUGCUGCAGCGGUUGUGCGCCGAGAAGGAGCCGACCAACAGUUUAUCACUUUUCCAAUUGCGCCUUUCAACUCAACCCAGUUUCUCAUGGAUGAGCAUAAUGCUAAUUCACCAGCCAGUCUUCACAAAACUUCCAGCAGUUCAGUUUUAAACUCCUGCUCUCCGCAAGGCAUCAGGCUGAACUCGGUACCUUCCACUCCUGCUGAAUCAAGCCAUGAAACGAUUGUCUUCGAGAAAAAGGACAAAGAGUUCAGUGAUUACUUCACCACUGUUCACGCCGAGAGCUUGCAGAGCCUUCCGAAAGAUGAACUCGUAAAGCACUAUAUGAAUUUGGAAGAGAAAGUUGCAGCCUUGCAGAAAAAGGUUGCAGAGCAGCAGCAGCAUCAAUAUGACGACUGUUGUUCGAAAAUGUCUAGACAUAUUGUUAAAGUAUGUGUUUGUGAAUCGAUCCGUAGUAAUUUAGGUACAAAUUCGUUAGCCGCAAAUAUGGAGGACUUCACUGGUGUCUCCGAGAUGAAUACGUCUUCCAUUUCCGUAGGCGAAUCCAGCAUGCUGAACACCAUAGCAAUUCCGUCGAGUACUUCUGGAGAUACAUGGACAGUUUUUGCCGAAAGUGCUUCCUGA